AUUCAGACAAAGCUCCUAGAGCCGGCUUAGCAUCAACACAUCUCCUCUCUAGGCAGUUUUGUCCUCUGGGGUCCUUCCUUCCUUCUCUGUCAAUCUGGGUCUUGGAGGUGGGGCUGACAGCUAGGAUGAGGCCCCGCCUCCAGCUCCUAUCCAAUCCGGAUCCCUUCCUCUGGGGGCUGGGCCCACAGGCAGCUCUCCAAGCCUCUAGCUCCUACACUAGGCUCACAGCCAGGGAUGAUGUGCUGCUGCUGCCACUGCCACUGGCGCUGCCGCUGGCAGCCGCUACCUUGUGUCCUGACGCUGUUGCUGCUGCUGCCGCCACUUGCUGUGGCCUCUGAGGGCCCAAACCGCUGUGAUACCAUAUACCAAGGCUUUGCUGAGUGUCUCAUCCGCCUGGGGGAUGGCAUGGGCCGCGGAGGCGAGCUACAGACUGUCUGCAGAUCCUGGAAUGACUUCCAUGCUUGUGCCUCUCGGGUCCUGUCCGGCUGCCCAGAGGAGGCCGCUGCAGUGUGGGAGUCACUGCAGCGAGAAGCUCGCCGUGCCCCCCACCCAGAUAACUUGCACAUCCUCUGUGGCGCUCCUGUGAGUGUUCGGGAGAUGGUUGCUGGCCCAGAGACCAACCAGGAGACACUACGGGCCACAGCUCCUGCACUCGCUCCGGCCCCAGCCCCUGCAUUGCUUGCUGCUGCUCUGGCAUUUGCCUGCCUCCUGGGGCCUCUGGCCUAA